AAAUUUGUGAUGUAUAGUUGAGAGUACAUUCCGCGUAAAUUCUCUGAAAGUUACUCUACUUCCUGUUAAAUAACUUCCUCUUUCAUUUUACUGAGUGUGAGGUUAAAAAUGCCUUCCAUAUGUUCAGAAUGCUGCAGCCGAAUUCGCUCCUGCCCCAAACCACAAGGCUUUCUUGCUUCUGUCAUCACAAAAGGUCUGCUGGCUGUGUUGCUGUUUGGUGUUUGUUGGGCAGUGUUGCAGAAGGAGUGUCAGCCAGGACACAACAUAUUUGGUUUGGUGAUUCUGUUCCUGAGUGCAGUGUGUGGAGGGAAACUGGUGGGAGCAAUUACACUGCCAAACCUGCCCCCUAUACCACCAUUGCUGGGAAUGCUGCUGAUGGGUUUGGUGCUGCGUAAUGUCCCAUAUGUGGAAAAGGCUGUGUUUAUCGAUCAAAAAUGGUCUUCAUCAUUGCGCAGCAUCGCUCUCGCCAUCAUCCUCACCAGAGCUGGGCUCGGGCUGAACCCUGCUGCUCUGAGAAAGUUGAAGAUGGUGUGUUUGAGGGUGGCUGUAAUUCCCUGCACUGUUGAAGCCUGUACUGUUGCUGUAGUGUCCCACUUCCUCAUGGGCCUCCCUUGGAUUUGGGGCUUUAUUCUUGGGUUUGUGCUAGCUGCUGUCUCUCCUGCAGUCGUUGUUCCCUCCAUGCUGCUCUUGCAGGCUGAGGGUUUUGGGGUUCAGAAGGGAAUCCCGUCACUCCUCAUGGCAUCAGGAAGCUUUGAUGACAUCCUUGCUAUUACCGGAUUCACCACCUGCCUUGGGAUGGCAUUCGGCACGGGCUCGACAUGGGGCAGUUUGGCAAAGGGACUGUUGGAGGUGGUUGUUGGGAUUCUAGCAGGAGGAAUUUUGGGUGUUCUCAUCCAUUUCUUCCCUAGUGAAGAUCAGGUUGAUCUGGUGUUGCGGCGCUCCUGCAUGUUGUUGGGUUUGUCCGUGUUCAGUGUGUUUGUGAGUCACGUGGCCGGGCUGGGUGGAGCUGGCGGGCUGAGCACACUUGUUCUCUCCUUCAUUGCUGGAAUCAGCUGGGGCAAAAAUAAGGCCCCAGUAGCAGCUGUUGUUGGGAGGUUUUGGGAUGUUUUUCAGCCACUUCUUUUUGGACUGAUAGGAGCUGAAAUUACAAUUUCUACACUCAAUGCUAAUACUGUGGGUUUAGGAGCAGCUGCUCUAUGUAUUGGUGUUGUUGUUCGUGUGUGUGUAACGUUCACUGUUGUUUUGUUUGCUGGUUUCAACCUGAAGGAGAAAAUCUUCAUCGCUCUCGCAUGGUUACCUAAAGCUACAGUGCAGGCAGCCAUAGGUUCCACAGCCCUGGACAUGGCACGUAAUGAAGAAGACGAGCAGCUGGAGCGUUAUGGGAUGGAUGUGCUGACAGUGGCAGUGUUAUCCAUCAUGAUUACAGCUCCGAUUGGUGCACUUGCUAUCGGACUAGCUGGACCCAAACUGCUGCAGAAAUACACGGAGAUAGAGGAGAUAAACACACAAGGCACACAAGCAGAUAAAACCGGAGACAUCUCACCUCCAGAACUACACAAACAAACACCUCAGGAUUUGGAGAGCAAACUAUAAACACACACACACACACACGUGAUUCCAUUACUUUAUUACAUUUUAAUAUUUUUUGCACUUGUUUUAGCUUUACUCUUUGCUUUAUUCAUAUUUAUUUGUUAUAAACAGAUUAACAUUAUUAAAAUGCAAACUAAUGACAUUUUAUUUAAGCACAUUGAAGAGUAAGAAAAAUAAAGUCAUGCUAAGCUGUUGGAUAGGUGUGGAAAGUGGGUUUGUGUGUGGAUUAUAUGUUAUAUUUCAAUGUUAAAUGUUUUAUUCUGUACUGUAGUCGUGAGAGUUAGUGAGGACAGAAAGUAAUGACCAAACAAGGAAAGUGGGGAAAUAGUGUCAUGUAAUGGAAUCCAACUGUUUACUGGAAUAGGACUGAUUUUUAGCAUGUAACAUCUGAAUGUGUGUGUGUGUGUGUGUCUAAGAGGGAUUUAUACACGAGUGUGUGAAUCCUCUGACACACACUUAUACUUCAGUCUAGAGUCUGAUCUAGCGUCUGCUGCACACACAACCUCUAUUGUCUUCAGACAUUAUUAUAAUCUCAGUUAAUAGCUAAUUACCCAACUGUGACUCACUCUUAAAGCCUGUGUCUAGUCUUUUACACACAAACAAGUUCUAGUAUAUAAGCAGCAUGGACAGAGGUGUGUGUGUGUGUGUGAGAGAGAGAGAAAGAUCAUGGCACUGGAGAGUGUGUGUGUACUGCUGUGUGUUUCACUCUUCCUUCUUGCCGGCUUAUCCACAGGUCAGUGAACAGUGUGUGUAUGUGCUAAAUUGUUCAGAUUUUAGAUUGAUUUACGGACUGAUCGAUCGAUCGACAUCUCUCUCUCCCCUGUUUAGGACUGCAGUAUAAAACUCAGAGAGACUUGGACACCUGGUUAACAGGAUUUGAGCCAAUCAGCAUUGAUGGAGCCGCAGUGACGCCGCCCUGUAGAGUGUUCUGGGUGGAAGCUGGACCAGAUAAGACACUGGAGGACAGAUUAAAGCCUGUGACGACGGUAAAGACGACGCAGUCCAGCAUGAAACAUGUCACCAUCUCUCACAAACUGAAACCAAGCCGGAGCUCAGCAUCUGAUUGGUUGUUGGGGAAGUUUCCAGCUCAGAGUGCGUCGUCCCACCUGCUGGGGGCGCUACAGAGACACAAUUUGGUUCAGGGCUGGAACAUUUUGUCCAAUAAGAGACACUCAGACUCAUCAUCAUCUGAAGAGGACUGAACCACUGGCCAGGACAAAUCACCACCACUAACGCUGUAGGAUGCAGACCAGGUUACAGAGUGAACUUCUUGAAUAUGCUGUAGGAAAUGUUUAACUGCUGAAUCACCACUGUAUUUAAUAUUUUAUUGCAUACAGUGACUGAAGAUAACUACAGAGCUAGCUGUUUAUUUUCACCAAUAACAGCCACUUUGUCUAAUGCUAGCUAUUAGUUUUAUCAUAAUUGCCCAAUAUAUUAUUUAAAUAUUUAAGAUUAAUGUAAACAUUUGCAUUCGUUCAAUUUUGUGUUUGACUGUUAAUCAGUCAUGCCCUGAGUUCAUGAUGAUGUCACUGCUUGUGAUGUCAGUUUCACAUUAACUAAGAUUGUGUGAUAUGCUCGUAUUUAAACAUUGCAUUACAUUAUUAAAAUCUAGCAUUUCUUUUG